AGGGCUGGCCGUUUCCGUGAGAGGCAAUAUCAACUAGCAGCGGAGAAACGUAACGAGGCAUAUCUCAGACACACUUAUUACAAGGAGACAGCGAGAUAUUUCGAAAGAGAAAGUGGAAUAGCCAAACAUUACGACUCUUGGAACUUGAAGCUUGCUGAUCCGAAGGGUAAGCUUGAGAGGGAAGCUAAGAAAAAAAAAAAACUUGAUCAACUCCCAGCAAGGAGAAACAAAUUGAGAAUAUUAUUGAAGGAUGAGGAAGAGCUCUAUCAAAACGAAUUGGCCGAAUUGAUUAAAAAAAAGAAAUCUAAAGAAAAUGAUAUAACCUCGUUGGAGGUUCUUAAAAAAAAAUUAAAAGAAAAACGUAUGGAACAAGAUCUUUAUUUGCCUAAUUCGACUAAUUUACCUAAAACAAAUCAGGAGACUCAUCGUACCAAUUCGACCUAUAACAGCGAUAUGUCCAAUUGGAACGAUCAGAAGGAUCGAUCUGAUAAAAAUAUUGAUUUUUUAGCACGUAAUAGAAAAUAUUCAGCACGCUAUGCACGUAGGAGUUUGGAGAACACAAAUGUCAGGCCUGGCAAUGAUAUUUUCGACAAUUUAUCACGUCGUUUACAGGCACCAAUGAUGACUACUACGACAACUACCACUACGGUUAGCAAGCAGGUGAUGGAUGAUGACAAAGAAAAUCUUAAUGUUGACGAUUCAUCUACUUCGAACCAGGAGUCUACGAACGAAUCGGUUGAUCAGGUGGAUUCCUCGAUCAUUCCGCAGGAUGUUUCUGAUAAGGAUUAUACAUUGAACAGGACCGAACAAGAGAUAUCGAUCAAUAAUAUUGCGAACGAUAAGCAAAUAAAAACAGAUCAUUGUGAUUAUGAAAGAGAAAGAGGUUAUCCGUGGAUGAGGAUGGAUCCUAAUGUUAAAAAUCUUUCCGAAAAAAUGUAUCUUUAUUUGACUUACAAAGAGCUCAAAGAGAAGAUAGAUGAUCUAUUGAAAAAAGAGGAACAUGCUUGCAAUAGACAAAGAUGGGACGAUGCUAUCAGAUUAAGAGAUAUGAAGAAUGAAUUGGAAUUGAUUAGGGAGAAAAAGAUCUUUAAUAUGAAGAGUCUUACUAUGGAUGAGGAUAUUAGGGAUAAGGCUCUUAAAAAUAUCGAGAAGAGGGAACGUGAACUUGCUCUUCGGGAGAACGCUUGCACUGAUACGUCCAUGUAUAGCGACGGCGCAAAGGUGCUAUGGGAGGAAUGGGUUAAAGAGGAUGACAGAUUCGUGAUUAAGGAUGCCUCGACUCAAAGGGAAAUUCUGAUGAAGGUUUUAGAAGAGGAAUUUCAAAAUUUGGCUGUUGAGGACAGGGAACGAAUCGCUAAGACAUAUCAAAGUGUAUUCAACAACUUGCAUUUGGAAAAUCGACGUCAUUUCAAUGCGAAUUUGGUUAUGGAAGCCAAAUCAGAAUCUAAUAGAGCCGGUGAAGCAUAUUAAAGAUUAAAAAGAUAUAUAUAUAUGUAAACACAAGUAUGUUAUAUAUGUUAGAUCAGGCAUUUUUUGCUUCUCGUCUCUUUUUAUCUCUUUCUCUUUUUGUCUAUGUUUAUCACUGCUUCGCAUUUCUACUGUCGCUAUCAAUUUGUGGGAAAUCUAAUUUAUCUAAACUCAAACUAAUACAUUUUUGAAAGAAAGUAUUGUCAUUUAAAAGACUGUCAGAUUAGAACGAUAUGUGUGUGUGUGUGUGUGUGUGUUUUAUAAGAUCAUUUAUAUAUAUAUAUUUUUUUUUAUACAUAAUUUUUUUUCCUUUUUACCUUAUCUAGUUGUUUCUAAACUUUCAUUCAUUAUUAUUAUUAUUAUUAUUAUUUUGAUUAAAUAAAAUUGAAAGAUCGAUUAGUAUUAUAAAGACUGUAAGUUUAUCGUUGUAUUCUGACCCCUUCGAAUUUGAUAUCUUUUCUUUCUUUUUUUUUUUUUUUUUUUUUUUUUUUUUUUUUUAUUCUCCCUUUACUAAUCGUUUCUAGAUUAUUAUUUUGAUUAGAAAUUGAAGGAUCGAUUAGUAUUAUCAGGAUUGUAAGUUCGUUGUAUUCUGACUGUUGUGAAUUAGAUAUGUUCGAGGUAUUCUUUUUUUUUUUUUUUUCUUCUCCAAUCGUUCUUAAAUUGUUAUUAUUAUUUUGUUUAGAAAUUCGAAGAUUGAUUAGAAUUGUUAAGAUUGUUAGUUUGUAAAUUAGUUAUAUAUUGUUAUCCUGCAAAUUUGAUAUGUGCCAAUUGGAAUUAUCUAAUUAUAUUUAAGAGACAAAUUUUUAGCGAUCUAAUCUGCCAUUAAUUUUAUAUAGUAAUUAAAAAGAUCUCUAAUCAAAGGAUAAAGCAUAAUAAAGGAAAAACUUUCAUACAAUGUUGUAACGUGAAAGUAUAAAAUAGUUAUGUAUAUGUAAAAUGCAAGCUAUAUGGAUCAUAUUAAUAAAUAAAUAAAAGUUAAUCGUCAUAAA